AAUAACAUACAAAAGUCACUGAAACCAUAUUUUUGCUGAGAGCAAAUAAGCUUAGACCUCAAAGGAUUUACUUCGGAAGUUAAAAGGUCCACUUAGGAAGUGAAAACCCACAAUGCUCUAAUGGAAUUCAAACAUAGCAAAACCUAUUCUCUCCCACACUAUCAUUAACUGAUUCCACUGUGAGUCUACCCCAUUCUGCUCUGCUUUGAAUUUAUGCCACCUGCACAUCACCACAUACUUUCACAAUCACUGCAGCAAGGAAAGAAGAGACAGCUAUGGACAGAUAGAAGCAGAAAAAAAUUUGGCCUGCCCAAUGAUAUUUUAUGGACAAGAAAAAUCACACUCUGAACUGAAAAAUCCCUCUUAGCCUCGAGCUCCCCUGAAUCCUGUUCGCCAUGGGUGACCCUGCUGAUAUUUGAAAUACCGUUAGCAUAGCUUUCUGCAUUAUAGCAGCACGCAAGCCACCACAGGACAACAAACUGACAGACAGGUGGUGAUUCAUGGGAAUCAAAUCUUUUGGUAUAGUGUCAUAUCGGCAAAGUGGAAUUUUACUCUAGCAUUUCAUAGGAAAUAGUCCAACUCUACAAUGAAAGAUUAUGCAAAUCCUCAAGGAGCAUCUAAUCAAUCACCGUGGUGUGAGAGGAAUGCAGCUGAUCGCUGAAUUAGCUUCUGUUGGAAUGUAUUCAUGUGUAACAUCCCACUCUCUGGAUGACAUCACAACAGCUCCUGCUCCUUGAAAGUCUUGAGGAUGAUUAGCUGAAGGAAUUGGUUGUUUCUGCCAAUCAUAAUCCGGCAAAGCUGCCUUUAUAGUUCUGGAGAUAUGAGAGAAAGAGGUGGGAGGGAAAGACUGACUACAGCUAAACAAGAGCCACAGCAGCAGUAGCAACAGCAGAGCAGGAGCAGCUGGUAUUCCGGUGAUUAAAUAGUUCUCAUAGCCUUUUUGCUGUACUCGGUCUGCUCCCUGGUGUAAUUCUCGUGUCCAAGAAGGAAGCUGCAUUUUAACGGUGUGCUGAACAGAGGUUUGAAUCAUUCCAGCUGGCUGCUUGUUUUGAAAAGGACGAUGUGUGUAUAAAUAAAAAGAGACUCUGCUGGAAGAGUUCAGAUACUAGGACUGGAGCUAAAGAGUGCUCUCGGAAUAUUAUUGAGGCAGAUUGUAUGAACUGAAAGCUCCUUCUAAUUAACCUGGAGCCAAGUGAAUCUGAAUACUGGAUAUCUCAUUUUCUAACUCGGGAUAAAUUCAAGUUAGGAAAAGAAAAAAAAUAUUGAAAUGCUUCUCUAGAUAGUGUUAAAAGGAUUCUACAGCAAUCUUUGGUAUUGGACAUAUACAAAAUCUCUUCAACUUUUGCCCUCCUGGUCCCUUGCCUUCCAGCUUUAACUUGUUUCAGAUUCCUUCAAACAUUUUACAUGAUUUGCAAUGGUUACAUGAACUUUGGGGAAGUGGUAUUUGUACCAUCUCAUACUUUAUUCACCAUGGAACUUUAGGAAACAAAAUUGGAAAGAGCUUCCAAAGCAUUAUUGUAAAAAAAUGAAUCUUAUUGUGAAGCUUCGGAGAAGUUUUCGAACAUUGAUUGUUCUCUUAGCUACCUUUUGCUUGGUGAGCAUUGUCAUUUCUGCCUAUUUCCUCUACUCUGGCUAUAAACAGGAAAUGACACUUAUUGAAACCACUGCAGAAGCAGGAUGUGCUGACCUCAAAAUUCUACCAUAUCGGUCAAUGGAGCUAAAAACAAUUAAACCUAUUGAUACAUCCAAAACCGACCCUACAGUCCUCCUAUUUGUGGAAAGCCAAUACUCGCAACUCGGUCAAGAUAUCAUAGCUAUCUUGGAGUCCAGUCAAUUUCAAUACCACAUGGUCAUUGCCCCUGGCAAGGGAGACAUACCUCCCCUUACAGAUAAUGGCAAAGGGAAAUAUACUUUAGUUAUUUAUGAAAAUAUUCUGAAGUAUGUCAGCAUGGACUCAUGGAACCGAGAGCUUUUGGAAAAAUACUGUGUGGAAUACAGUGUUAGUAUAAUUGGUUUUCAUAAAGCUAAUGAGAACAGCUUACCAAGUACACAGUUAAAAGGCUUUCCAUUAAACCUUUUCAAUAAUCUAGCUCUAAAGGAUUGUUUUGUCAACCCUCAGUCUCCUUUGCUGCAUAUUACCAAAGCCCCCAAGGUUGAGAAAGGCCCUCUUCCUGGGGAAGACUGGACUGUUUUCCAGUAUAAUCAUUCAACUUACCAGCCUGUGCUUUUAACUGAAUUACAAACAGAAAAAUCCCUUCCAUCUUUGUCCAGCAAAACUUUCUAUGCGACAGUGAUUCAGGAUCUGGGGCUUCAUGAUGGAAUUCAGCGAGUUCUUUUUGGCAACAACUUAAACUUUUGGCUGCACAAGCUCAUCUUCAUAGAUGCCAUUUCCUUCUUGUCAGGAAAGAGGCUGACAUUGUCUUUGGACAGGUACAUCCUUGUGGACAUUGAUGACAUCUUUGUUGGAAAGGAGGGAACAAGGAUGAAUGUCAAAGAUGUGAAGGCAUUACUAGAGACUCAAAAUUUACUGCGCACUCAGGUUGCAAAUUUUACCUUCAACCUUGGAUUUUCAGGGAAGUUUUACCACACAGGGACUGAAGAGGAAGAUGAAGGAGAUGACCUUUUGCUUCAGUCUGUGGAUGAGUUUUGGUGGUUUCCUCACAUGUGGAGCCACAUGCAGCCCCAUCUCUUCCACAAUGAGUCGUCCUUAGUUGAGCAGAUGAUUCUCAACAAGGAAUUUGCACUAGAGCAUGGGAUCCCAAUCAGCAUGGGCUAUGCAGUGGCGCCACAUCACUCAGGGGUCUACCCAGUUCAUAUUCAGCUUUACGAAGCGUGGAAGAAGGUCUGGGAUAUUCAGGUCACGAGCACUGAAGAGUAUCCACAUUUGAAGCCUGCACGGUACAGAAAGGGUUUCAUUCACAACAGCAUCAUGGUUCUCCCUCGACAGACCUGUGGGUUGUUCACUCACACUAUUUUCUACAAAGAGUAUCCGGGAGGACCCCAAGAGUUGGAUAAAAGUAUCAGAGGAGGUGAACUUUUCCUCACAAUCCUUCUAAACCCAAUCAGCAUUUUCAUGACGCAUUUGUCAAACUACGGGAAUGACCGCCUAGGAUUAUACACCUUUGUGAAUCUGGCCAACUUCGUGCAGAGCUGGACCAACCUCAGAUUGCAGACUCUGCCUCCAGUGCAACUGGCCCGCAAGUACUUUGAGCUCUUCCCGGAGCAGAAAGACCCUCUCUGGCAGAAUCCAUGUGAUGAUAAACGGCACAAAGACAUCUGGUCCAGAGAGAAAACUUGUGACCACUUACCAAAAUUCCUUGUGAUUGGGCCACAAAAAACAGGAACAACUGCUCUUUAUUUAUUUCUUCUUAUGCACCCUUCCAUCAUCAGUAAUCUUCCCAGCCCAAAAACAUUUGAAGAAGUUCAAUUCUUUAAUGGGAACAACUAUCACAAAGGAAUUGACUGGUAUAUGGACUUUUUCCCUACUCCAUCCAACAUUACAAGUGACUUUCUGUUUGAGAAGAGUGCCAAUUACUUCCAUUCAGAAGAAGCUCCCAAGAGAGCCGCAUCUCUUGUCCCCAAGGCUAAGAUCAUCACCAUCCUCAUUGACCCCUCAGACCGGGCAUACUCUUGGUACCAGCAUCAACGAUCACAUGAAGAUCCAGCUGCCCUGAGGUUUAAUUUCUAUGAAGUUAUUACAACAGGACAUUGGGCCCCACCUGACUUAAAAACUUUGCAGAGGAGAUGUCUGGUACCUGGAUGGUAUGCAGUACACAUAGAAAGAUGGCUAACUUAUUUUGCUACUUCUCAGUUGUUAAUUAUCGAUGGACAGCAGUUGAGAUCUGACCCAGCUACUGUGAUGGAUGAAGUCCAGAAGUUUCUGGGAGUCACACCUCUUUAUAAUUACUCUGAAGCACUAACGUUUGAUCCCCAAAAGGGCUUUUGGUGUCAACUGUUGGAAGGAGGAAAGACCAAAUGCCUUGGAAAAAGCAAAGGCCGAAAAUAUCCUCCCAUGGAUCCAGAGUCUCGAACAUUCCUCUCUAAUUAUUACCGAGAUCAUAAUGUGGAACUGUCCAAACUGCUGCAUAGACUGGGGCAGCCUCUGCCGUCAUGGCUGAGACAGGAGCUGCAGAAAGUGAGAUAGCACUGGAGACAAGACCAAGGCUCAAGAUACUUCCUUUUGCUAUUAAACAGAAACAGAAACAACCCCACAACUUUUAUUCCCUAAUGCACUUGUGAUUGUCUGCAGAAGACUGUGUGAAUAAAUUUCCUUCUAUCUUUUUCAUAAAAUGAAAACUGUUAUAUAUGCACGCAUUGGCAAUUACUGUCAAUCCCUGUGUGACCUUUUGGAAAAUAAUGUGGGGUUUUGUAGCAUUAUGCAGUUUCUAGUGUGGAGAUCAUAACACAGCCUAGUUCCUCUGUUAACCAGAAGGUUUCAGAAACUCAAUGACUGAUAAGCUUCAUUAUAUGCAAGUGAUAGAUUACAAUCUUGAGGAUAAAGAUAGAGUUUGAGGUAACUGUAAAUGGGUUAGUGGUAACCAAUGUCUGAAUUAAGGGCUAACAUUUUUUCCCUUGCUAAUUUCAAAACAAUUUUGCUUUUGUUAUGAAAAUAAAGAUUACCCCAUGCUCUUAUUUUUUGAACAUUCAUUAUUGAUUCAAAAUAUAACCCAUAUAUAUUUUCUUCUGUUGUUACUCCUCUUUAUGAAUCAUUGACUUGUUAGAAAAAUCAUGACGUUAUUAGCCUCCCAUGUUUUUUGUCUGUUUUCCUCUUGUAGGAGGAGACUAUUUGAAAGGUUCCAUCUUCAUUGAUACUGCUAUUUUAUCUGACAAGAAAUACCAUUCUCAGUGAAUUUUACAUUAUACUUCCAAGGAAUGUGUCACAGAGUUUUGAGAUCAAGGGACAACAAUGCAUGCUUUGCAUAAUAUCACCAGUAUGUGCAAGGCCAUCUUUAAAAGGAUCCAAAAUAUUAAGAUACUAUUAAUCAACAUAUUUCCACCUUGCUAAUGAUGUAGUAGUUAUAUAUUUUUUCACUGUCCAAGGUAGAAGAAACACCUUUAUUGAUAAGAUACUGAAUGAAAACACCAAGAUCUGUUUACAGUUAUAGUGAGGCACUUAUGCCUUCUAUGUAGUAUAUGUCAAUCAUUUUAAAGCAUGGAUUUUUCGUAUAUACCAGCGCAUAUACUAUUGUAGAGGGUUGUGUUUUUAAUGCCUGUUAAAAAAAAAAAAAA